CCAUGGUCACAUCUCGGAAUAGACUUCCUCACUGAUCUGCCCGAAUCGGAAGGACAUACCUGCGUACUGGUGGCUGUCAACAGAUUCUCAAAGGGAUGCCGCCUGAUUCCCCUCAGGAACUUACCAACAGCCAUGACCACUGCAGAAGUACUCUUUAACCAGGUCUUCCGCUACUAUGGAAUUCCAGAGGAUAUUGUCUCCGACCGAGGACCCCAGUUCAUAUCUCGGGUAUGGCGAGCCUUCUUUCACCGUUUAGGAGUGAGUGUAAGUUUGUCGUCAGGCUAUCAUCCCCAGACCAAUGGACAAACAGAAAGGAAAAUUCAGGAAAUCGGGCGCUUCCUCCGAACCUUCUGCCACAACCAUCAGAACUCCUGGAACCAGUUCCUGGGUUGGGCUGAGUACGCCCAGAACUCACUACGUCAAUCCACAACAGGUCUCACCCCUUUUCAGUGUAUCUUAGGCUAGCAACCUCCGUUAUUCCCCUGGACUGGGGAACCGUCAGACCUCCCAGCAGUGGACUUCUGGUUUCGGGAGAGCGAAAGAGUUUGGGAGGAAGCUCAUCAUCAUCUGCAGAGAGCUGUGAGGAGGUACCAGACCAAUGCCGACCGGCGCAGAUCCAACGCUCCAACCUACCAACCUGGAGACAAGGUAUGGCUCUCCACGAGAGAUAUGCGCCUCCGAAAGCCCUGCAAAAAACUUAACCCAAGGUAUGUUGGUCCAUUCGAAGUCUUGGAACAACUCAGUCCAGUAACAUACAGGUUACAGUUACCAGCACACUUUAGAAUUCAUCCCACCUUCCAUGUGUCACUGCUAAAACCUUACCAAAACCCUGUCAUUUCUCCCACAGAGCCUGGUCCUGAGGAAGAAACACCCCCUCCUCCGAUCGUCGUUGAUGAAGGUACCAUUUAUCAGGUUCGUGACAUCCUGAAUUCCCGACGUCGUAGUGGCCGUCUAGAGUACCUGGUAGACUGGGAAGGAUACGGCCCAGAGGAAAGAUCCUGGGUGCCUCGCGACGACAUUCUCGAUCCCACAAUGUUGGAGGAAUUUCAUCAUACUCACCCCGAGCGUCCGGCACCCAGAGGACGAGGUAGGCCACCACGACGACAGAGAGGCCGACCCUCAGGAGCGGGUCGUGAAGGAGGGGGUAAUGUCACAGUCAGGCCAGGCUCCGAACUCAAUCCAACACAGCGCCCUUUAUCGCCUGAGUACUAACCACCACCACCUGUCCGUAAUCAGUGUAAACGCAUAAAGACCACACACCACACCUCAGUCAAUGUCCGGGCUCGUACCCAUGAGUGAGGACCCAACGUCUAACGUUCAAGUAAGAAGAUUAAUACUUACCUGUUUACUUACCUUAUACCUCUGCUUUCUACAGCGUUCCAGUCACAGUCCCUGAGCGUGGAGCUCCGUUUACUGUGGUGUGUGAGUCUUAGUCGACGAUCGCCCGUUCCAGG